GAAGAUGAUGAAAGUGGUCAACCUCAAACAGGCCAUCCUCCAGGCUUGGAAGGAGCGGUGGAGUGAUUACCAGUGGGCCAUAAACAUGAAAAAGUUCUUUCCCCGGGGGACUACAUGGGACAUCCUGAAUUUAGCAGAAGCACUUCUUGAGCAAGCCAUGAUUGGCCCAUCGCCAAACCCACUGCUCCUAUCCUAUCUGAAGUAUGCCAUUAGUUCCCAGAUGGUGUCCUAUUCUUCAGUUCUGAUGGCCAUCAGCAAGUUUGAUGACUUCUCCCGAGACCUCUGUGUCCAGUCAUUGCUGGAAAUCAUGGAUAUGUUCUGUGACCGGCUCAGCUGCCAUGGCAAGGCAGAAGAAUGCAUUGGCCUCUGCCGUGCCUUGAUGAGUGUCCUCAACUGGAUGCUGCGCUGUGCUGCCUUCUACACAGAGAAGAUGAAGGAGCCUCUGGAGCAAGGGUCUGCUGAGAACCAGCUCACAAUGUGCCUAGAGCGGCUGGCAAAAAUCCUGGGCAGCACCAAGAACCGGGCCCUGAUUCAUAUAGCCAAGUUGGAAGAGACACCUUCCUGGAGUGCGAUCGAACAAUCUCUUUCCAAGCUGGGAGACAAUUUAGGACACAUCAGCAACAGCCAGUUGCAAAGCCAGGCAGAGGAGUGCAUUGGCCUUGUCAAGAGUAUCCCCACUAUGCUCUCUGUGCACGCGGAACAGCUGAACAAAACUGGCUUCCCCACGAUCCAUGCUGUGGUGCUGCUAGAGGGGACAAUGAACCUGACUGGAGAGCCGCAGCCGCUGGUGGAGCAACUCAUGAUGGUCAAAAGGAUGCAGCGCAUUCCGUCCCCGCUUUUCAUUCUGGAAAUCUGGAAAGCCUGCUUUGUGGGGCUGAUUGAGUCUCCUGAAGGGACAGAGGAACUCAAAUGGACAGCCUUCACAUUCCUCAAGAUUCCACAAGUACUUGUAAAACUGAAAAAAUAUCCUCAAGGAGAAAAGGACUUCACCGAAGAUGUGAAUUGUGCCUUUGAGUUCCUUCUGAAGCUGACGCCCCUUCUGGACAAGGCUGACCAACGCUGCAACUGUGACUGCACGAGCCUUCUCUUUCAAGAAUGUGGCAAGCAGGGUCUGCUCUCCGAAGCCAACAUGAACAACCUCAUCGCCAAACGGACCGCUGAUCGGGAACAUGCGCCACGUUUAAAGUCUCCCGAGAAUGCUAACAUUCAACCCAACCCAGGCCUCAUCCUGCGAGCGGAGCCCACCGUCACCAACAUCCUGAAAACAAUGGAUUCAGAUCACUCGAAAACCCCAGAAGGGCUGCUGGGCGUCUUGGGACAUAUGCUCUCUGGGAAGAGCUUGGAUCUGUUGUUGGCAGCUGCAGCAGCUACAGGGAAGCUGAAAGUCUUUGCCCGGAAAUUUAUCAAGCUUAAUGAACUUACCAAGCACAUCAGCGGAGAAGGCUCCAAAGCGGCAUCAGUCAGAGCGCUUCUCUUCGACAUUUCCUUCCUCAUGCUGUGCCAUGUCGCCCAGACCUACGGCUCUGAGGUGAUCCUUUCUGAAGCUGGUCCACCUGGGGAAGUGCCUUUCUUUGAGACCUGGAUGCAGACCUGCAUGCCAGAGGAAGGGAAGAUCCUCAACCCUGAUCACCCUUGCUUCCGGCCCGAUUCCACCAAGGUGGAGUCUCUAGUUGCUUUGCUCAACAAUUCGUCAGAAAUGAAGUUGGUGCAGAUGAAAUGGCAAGAAGCAUGUCUGAGCAUCUCUGCUGCUAUCUUGGAGAUCCUGAACGCUUGGGAGAACGGGGUUCUCACCUUUGAGUCCGUCCAGAAAAUCACAGACAACAUCAAGGGGAAGGUGUGCAGCAUGGCCGUGUGCGCUGUGGCCUGGCUCGUAGCUCACGUCCGUAUGCUGGGCUUGGACGAGAGAGAGAAGUCAUUGCAGAUGAUCCGGCAGUUGGCAACUCCCCUGUAUGCUGAAAACACCCUGCAGUUCUACAGUGAGAGAGUGGUGAUCAUGAGUUCAAUCCUUGAGCACAUGUGUGCUGAUGUCCUGCAGCAGACAGCUGCGAAUAUCAAGUUCUCAGCCACAGGGGUCGUCACUAUGCCCUACUGGAACUUCCUUCCUGCCAAGAAGCCAAUCAAAGAGGUGCUGAUGGGCGUCUUCUCCAAAGUGCUGGAGAAAGGCUGGGUGGACAGCCGCUCCAUCCACAUCUUCGACACCCUUCUGCACAUGGGCGGAGUCUACUGGUUCUGCAACAACCUUGUCAAGGAGCUGCUGAAAGAGACCCGGAAAGAGCACGCAAUGCGGGCUGUGGAGUUGCUCUACUCCAUUUUCUGCCUGGACAUGCAGCAGCUGACGCUCACCCUCCUCGGCCACAUCCUGCCCAAUCUGCUCACAGACUCCUCCAAGUGGCAUAUGCUGAUGGAUCCUCCGGGCAAGGCUCUUGCCAAGCUGUCUGUGUGGUGUGCCUCCAGCUCUUACUCCUCCCACAACAAGGGGCAGACCUCAGCUUGGCAGCGCAAGAGGCACCGAGAAGAUAUAGAGGAUUACACCAGUCUCUUCCCGUUGGAUGAUACCCAGCCUUCCAAACUGAUGCGCCUGCUCAGCUCCAAUGAGGAAGACACCAGCAUCCUGUCUAGCCCCACAGACCGCACGAUGAGCACUUCGCUGUCUGCCUCGCAGCUGCACACAGUCAGCAUGAGAGAUCCUCUCAACAGAGUCCUAGCCAACCUCUUCCUGCUGAUUUCUUCCAUCUUGGGAGCCAAGACAGCCGGGACACACACACAGUUUGUUCAGUGGUUCAUGGAGGAGUGCGUAGACUGCUUGGAGCAAGGAAGCCGUGGCAGCAUCCUCCAGUUCAUGCCCUUCACCAUGGUGUCGGAGUUGGUGAAAGCAUCCACCAUGUCUAGCCCCAGAAUUGUGCUGGCCAUCACGGAUCUCAGCUUGCCUCUGGGACGCAGGGUGGCAGCCAAAGCCAUCGCUGCCUUAUGAGCAUCCCAUGGGUCCUGCUGCGGGUGAGACGGGGAACCCUAAGAGCAAAAUCCCACCCAUGGGAUAAUGGAGAAUACUCUCUGUUCCAAGGAAGCUGCCACAUGGCGUGCGUUGAAUUGUGUACAUGCUCUACAGAAGUGAGCGUUGCUGUGAUGAGAAAAUACGCCAGGGCAGACCCCUGAGUUGGUUUCCAAGGCAUCUCAAGAGUGUCCUUCCAGUUGGUUUGGAGUCCCCAUGGUUGCCAUCCCAGCUUUUCCAAGGAACCUUGGCGUUCCAAGUCUUUCAAUCCACACUUCCACUUCUCAAACCUGUGACGUCUGAAUGUGUCCAUCAGUUUUUGCUAAUACUCCCCCCCCCUUUGUUUGUCUUGUUUUAUAAAUGCCUGGGUGUAUCUUUUUCUCUUUCAUGGUCAAAUACUUGAACAUAUCUACAUAUACAAGCAGCACAUCCCAUUACAAGGUGUCUCAGAAGUGCCAUGGUUUUUGAUAUUUUAGCAGUAUGUUUAAAAAAGUUACAGAAAUCAUUAUGAAAACAGCUAUAUUCUUUUAUAUAUGUAUGUGUGUAUAUAUAUAUAUAGUUUUUAUUCAUUUUCAACAAUAUAGCAGUUUAACAAUGUAUAACAUGUAUUCUCAAUCUAAAAAAUACAAAAACAAAUUUAAAAAGCUUCUGAUCAAGACAUCAUUAUAAUUACAUUCAACAAUUUUCUAAUUAGGUCCAUUAUGUUUCAGCAUGGAACAAAGCCAGCCUGGUCUGGGGCAACCAGAUGUACAAUAAGUGUUUUAUAUGAUUGGCUAGCACAGAGGUAAAUAUCUUGAUUCAUCAAAUAGCUUUAUUCUAUACCACUAUUUUCCUUUUCAGGAAUAUAGAGGCUGAAUUUUGCAAACAGGAGAAUGUUGACAAUCCUACAUGCUUCCCCUCCUUGUCUUUGUGUAUAUAAGUUUAGACAAUUUCAGUUGCUUUUUUGUAUAAAUACUGGGGAGAAUCCUCUUAAUAAAUUCAUAUGGUGAAACACAGA